GGAGGUGCGCAGCAGCAAUGCAGUCUGUGUGGGGCUGAUGUCCCUCCAGCCCUGGGGAGCCCCACAGUGCAGCCAGGCAGCGGCAUCCCGAAACUGAGAGCGCGUGGAGGAGGACCCCACUGUGAGCCAUGGCUGAGCAGCACGUGGGCUCCAGGGGUCGGCGCAUGGGAUCCAGCCGGCGGCGGCAGCUCCGCAGGGAUGCGGCUGAAGAGCCACCGUGGGCAGCAGCUGUGAUGCAGAAAGUCCAGGAUGUGAUCCAGGAGCAACGCGGGGACAUGGAGGGGUUCAUCACUCGUGCAGAUAUGCAGAAACUGCAGGAGGAGGUUGUCCCGUGCAGCACAAAGGAGCUGGAGCUGCUAUUUGAUGGGUUGGAUGCUGCUGGCACCGGGCAGCUGAGCGUUGAGGAGUUCACUGCUGGGCUCCGGCGGUUCCUGAGUUCCCAAAAAAUCAGCAGGGAGCAUCGGCGGCGGAAAGCAGCAUCACGGAGGAGCUGCCUGGUCCUCGCCAGCCCCACGUGGGAAGAGACGGACAGCGAGGAGAAGAAACACUUUGCAGCCUUCAUGGAGCAACUGGGAGUGGAUGACAGAUGGGAAGAGCAGGAGAUCUGGCAGCUCUGGGCCAAGCUGAGGGAGGAUGAGCCCCAACUCCUGGGCAACUUGGAGGAUUUCCUGGCCAAGAUGAGGCACCGCAUCCAAGAAGCCCGGAGCAAGAAGGAGGCCUUGGAGGAGGCCCUCAACAAACGUGUGGCUGAGCACAAACAGGAGGUGCAGCAGCUCUGUGAAGUCCUGGAGCAGCAGAUCCAAGAGGAGCGGCAGCGAAUGGAGCAGGAGAGCACAGCCCGGAGCCGCCUGCACUGCGCGGUGCUGCAGCGAGCGCUGGAUGCCAGAGGCAGGGAGGUGCAACGCUUGCUUGCAGCGCAGGAGGAGCUGGAAGCACAGUGCCGCAGUCUCAGCAGCACACAGCGAGCUGCCAGUGCUGAGAACCGACAGCUGGAGGAGAACAAGCGGGCGCUGGAGGAGCAGCUGCAGCACAUCCACACACAGCUGCAGCAGAGCCACGAGUGCCUGAGGGCUGCCAUGGCUCAGCAGCGGGCAGAGAAACCGCAGGAUGAAGAGGAGGCAGAGCUGCCCAGUGAGACGCUGCCAUCCCUGCAGAUGAACCCAGGGCAGCAGUUGUCGGAGAUGCACGUCAAGUUGGGCUCCCAGGGCAGCGAGCCCAAGCACAGGAGCACCCACCAUGUGGUGUGGGAAAAGCCAGCAGCAGACACAAACACGUCACGGCUGCUCUCUGUAGAAGAGGAUCCCUUCCCCGAAUUUCUGAAAGAGGAACGGUUUUCUGGCCAAGGCUCUUUGCUAAGAGAGAUGAAUGAUGCAAUAGCAGCUCUGAGCAGGCAGAAGCUGCAACCACUGGGAGAUGCUGCUCACUGCCCACACGAUGAUGCUGAGCCCCAAACAGGACCAAGCGGCUCAGCCCCACGAGGGACCCACAUCAGUCACAAGGUGUUGGAAGAAGACCUGAGAGAGGGACGAGCUGCAGCUGAGCUUCGUGCUGGGGACGGGACACAGGCUGGUGCGUCUGCAGGAGCUCAGGAGGAGGGGGCAGCUCAGGGAGACAGCGUGGAGAGAGCAGGGCAGAGCCUGGAGUGGAUGGAAAGGGUGUUGUCUGUGCAGGAAAGGGGUGCUGGUGGGGAGCAGCAGGUGCUAAAAGAGGUUGAGAGGCCACAAGAGGCACUGGAAGAGAGCACAGAGAUGGGCGAGCAGGCAUGGGUGGGGUUGGAGGGAGAAGGAUGGAAAAAGAAGUGGGAAAAGGUGCAGCUCCCAAGAGAAGGAGAAAAUGUGGAGGCAGUCCUCAAAGCUCGGGAGGUGGAGCUCCCAGCGGGCAGCUUUGCUACCGAUGUGCUUCAGGUGCCAGGAUGGGUUGAGGUGCAAAUGGCAGCAGUGCAGGGGGUGAGAGAAGCUCCCAACCCUGAAAAAGUGGAUGGAGAGGAUAGUGGUGCAGCGGGGCACUGCUGGGGAGAGAUGGAAAGGACUGAGACUGAGCUGCAGCCCCUGAGUGUGGCUGAUGACCUGGGUACAGAGCAGGCAGAGAGCGUGGGGCCAGAGGAGCAACUGCUGGAGGAGGCUGAUAGAGCAGAGCCAAGGCUGGAGGGGGGAGCUGGGGCUGUGGUGCUUGGUGAGGGGUUUUCCCCAGCAGAAAUCCCUGCAAGGAGCCCAGCUGAUGGGCUGGUACAGGUCGGUGCUCAGGCACUGGAAAUGGAAGAGGCAGAGGACUCUCCAGCAAGCACUCUGCUGCAUGGGAUUCCCAGCCCAGAAGCCUUGAGGGAUGGAUUGGAUGACACAGCUGUGCAUCUCAGGGAGGAUGCUGAGGAUGGAGGACAAGAACUGACUGAGCCUGGGCUGCCCAUUCAGCCUGUGUGUGAACUGCAGGGAGCAGGAGCCAGGCAGGCAGAGGGGGCUGCUGUAGAGCUGUCACCCCAGGAAAAGGCUGGAAGCCUGGAUCUGCUGGAGGCCCUGAGUGGUGAUACCCAUGUGAAGCUGUUUGCAGAGCUGAGGGAGAUCAAAGGGAGCCUGGAGGCAGAGCUGCAACCUCUGUACCCAGGUCACCAGCCACACUCGGAGCAGGCAGAGAGCGUGGGGCCAGAAAUGCAACUGGUGGCUGAGGUCAGUAAGCCAGAGUUAGUAGAAAUGGAGGGGGAAGAGGACUCUCAGGUGGACACGCAGCUGCAGUGGGGUCCCAGUCAAGAAGCCCCAUUGGAAGGGGGGGGGCAUACAGCUGUGCAGCUCACACAGGAGGUUGAGCAUGAGAGACAAGAUGUACAGCACUUGAAAGAAGAGAGGGAGAUGGAAGUGGUGCAGGAAGAGGGCACUUAUAAGGAUGAGCUGGUCCUGAUCAGUGCUCAGGAACUGGAACUAGAGGAGGCAGAGGACUCUCCAGCAAGCACUCUGCUGCAUGGGAUUCCCAGCCCAGAAGGAGCCAGGCAGGCAGAGGGGGCUGCUGUAGAGCUGCCACCCCAGGAAAAGGCUGGAAGCCUAGAUCUGCUGGAAGCCCCGAGUGGUGAUACCCAUGUGCAGCUAAUUGCAGAGCUGAGGGAGGUUAAAGAGAGCCUGGAGGCAGAGCUGCAGCUCCUGAGUUUGGGUGAUGAUCUGGGUACAGAGCAGGCAGCAAGCAUGGGGCCAGAUGGGCAACUGCUGGAGGCUGAUAGAACAGAGCCAAGGCUGGAGGGGGGAGCUGGAGCUGCUGCAGUGCUUGGUGAGGGGCUUUCCCCAGCAGAAAUCCCUACUGGGAGUCCAGCUCCAGGUGAGCUGGUACAGGUCAGUGCUCAGGAGCUGGAAGGGAAGGAGGCAGAAGCCCAUGGAGAGUGCACUGGAGCUGAUGGGAAACCGCUGUGUGCAUCAGGGCUGUGGGAAGGGGCAGAGAGCCCAGCUGUGGCUCUAGAAGCAGCUCCGUGCAUGGCUGACAACACAGACAUUUGGGACAGGAAUGUUGAGCCUGCCCUGCAUCCUGAGUAUACUCAGUAUGCUGCUGCUGAGCAUGCUCAGCCAGGGCUGGUAGCAGUCAGUGGUCCAGAUGAGCAGAUCUUGGAGGAAACACAGAGAGAGAGUGCUGAUGCAGAGGGGAGGCCUCUGGAUGGAGCUCGAGGUCUGGAAGUGGUGCAGGGAGCGAGGCUGGAGGCAGAGGGAAGGAUUUUAGUUGAAGCUCAGCAUUUGGAACUAAAGCAGGGCCAUGAUGCCGAUGCAGCCACACUUGCUUCUCCUGUCUCCGAGGUACCGUUACAAAUCAGUGCGCUAAAUCCGGGUGCGAUGAUGCAGGAGGAUGUUCUCAUUCCAGAUGUGCAGCUGCUAGGUGGUUCGGGACAGGCAGCCCAGAGGCAGCUCCAGGAGCAGGUCUCUGCACAGGCAGACAAGGGGAAGCUUCACACUGCUCCCCAGCAGCCACAGAAGCCACCAGGCAUUAUGGAAGCAGAACAAGCAGCUGCUGGACCUGCUGAGACUCCGAAGCAAGAAGUGCCACCAGCAUCAGCCCUUCACACAGGGAUCCUACAAGGGGAAGAUGCUGUGAAGGAUCUCUCAGGGAUGGCCCUUGGGGACAGCCCACUGGUGGAGGCGUUCAGCAGCGGGGCACAGCUCUCAGGAGAGCAGAGAGAAGAGCUCGAUGUGGAGAAGAAACAAGAGAUGGAGAAGAGCCCAGGAGGUGAGCCCAGCCCUGGAGAGCCAGAAGCUGUGACUGUGAAUGGAGCAGAAGCUGCCCCAAAGGGCUCUCUGGAGCCAGACCACCUCUACAACGUGCUGUUUGUUGGGGACUCCCAUGUGGGCAAAACCUCCUUUCUGUACCGACUGCAUGCUGACACCUUCAACCCGCACCUCGCUGCCACCGUAGGGCUGGAUUAUCAGGUCAAAAACCUCGUGGUGGACAACAAGCGCUUCGCUCUCCGCCUGUGGGACUCAGCUGGGCAGGAAAGGUAUCACAGUGUCACCAAGCAGUUCUUCCGGAAGGCAGAUGGGGUGGUGCUGAUGUACGACGUCACAUCGCAGUACUCCUUUGCUGAUGUGCACUACUGGCUGAGCUGCAUCCAGGAGGGAGCAGAAGAUGGAGUCACGGUUCUGCUUCUGGGGAACAAAACAGACUGUGCUGCAGAGAGGCAGGUCCCUAAGCUGGAGGGGGAGCGCCUGGCUCAGGAGCAUCAGCUCUUGUUUUAUGAAUGCAGCGCUGCCUCCGGCCACAAUGUCACUGAGUCCAUCGUCAGCCUGGUCAGGGCACUCAAAGUUUGUGAAGAUCAAUUGAGAAAUAAGGCAGAAGAGAUACCAAAGCUGCCUCAGAAGAAAAAAGGAUGCUGUUGGUGAUGGAGAGAAUCCUUCCUGUGGUCUGAAACUGCAACGGCAGCCAGAAAAGCAACUGGAGAUGAGGAGAGACCACAGGAUGACUGCUCAGAGAAAUCAGGGUUAUGAACACCACCAGGGAGGGUGUGAUAUUGCAGUGACAGCAGCUGAAGAAGCAACACAGCUCCAGCAGCUCUUUUAGACACGUGCAUCUCCUCUGCAGCUCAGUGCCCCAGCACCUCUGUAUCACCAGAGCCUCCAUCCCCUACCUGGCUGCUCCCACCCCAUCCCUCUGCCACCUCCUGUCCUCCCUUGGCCCUAAUCCUUGAAGUACCUUUUUUGCUUGUUGCAAUAUAUGCUCCCAUGCACUCCCUGGCAAUCCCCUUCUGCCACAUUUCGUUAUAAAAUGAUUUUAUUACUGGGUGUGUUAUGGGGCUGGCUUGAAGAAUGGAGCGACUCAGGAAGAGCUUUCAUGGCUCAGCUCGGGGCUGAGGCUGGACUCGGUGUUCAGGUUACCCACAACAGGAUUUUUUUGUGCCCAUCUUCCCUAUUUCUGCUUUGUUGUCUUAUCUUAAAGCAAUAUAAUCCCAAGAACCCUUUGCAAGUCUGGUCGAUGAGGAGAGGAGCACCAUUCCAGCCUGACCAGCUCAAAUGGGCACCUCUCACUGGCUCUGUGUGACCCCCCUGCAGAGCUGCCCAUGCACCGAAGCCUUUCAGCAGAUCUGCUCUCUCUCUUCCCUAAAUUUGCUGGGAUUAUGUGCAGCAGAUGCUGCCCGUCCUGGGCAAUCCCACUGCUGCUCCACGAGCAAUUCAUUUGCUCGCAAAAGUGUAAGGAGCUGAGCCUGAAUUCCCCCAUUAGAUGGCAGCAAAUGCGGCUGAACCUUCAUUGCUGCUGCAAGCAAAGAACAGCAGGGCCUGAAACUGAUCUGCAAAAGAAAAAGCUUCACAGAGCAACAGACAGAAAGAAACUUCUGUUCUCUUGGAAAUCGUGUCUAUAGAAGAGGAUUGAAUCUGUGCCUGGAUGCGUUGCAAGGCAGUAAAGCAGGUUGGAAAACACAGAGGUGGUGUUGGUGUCUAUUCUCAGUGAGAGGAUGCAAGGAAAUGAGCUGGAGCUGUGGCAGGGCAGGUUCCAAUUGGGUGUCAGGAAGGAUUUCUUCACAGGGGAGGUGGGCAGGGACUGAAGGGGCUGCCCAAGGAGGUGGUGGAGCUGACAUCCCUGGAGAUAUAUAGGAAACACGUGGAUGUGGCACUUGGGGACACAGCUUUGCAUAGGACUUGUAGCGUUGGUCGGACUCUGAUCUCAAAGGUGUUUUCCAACCUAAAUGUCUGCGAUUCUAUUCUAUGAUUACUGAACCAUAAGGACUGCUCACUUGCAAACACAUUCAUGAGUAUUUCAAGGAGG